AUGGUGCUCCAGGUUGUGCUGGCUUGCUUCCUAUGGCUUUUAUCCUUCCAGGGGGUGGCCAGCUGCCUUCAGUGUGACCCCCGUUUCUUGAAAUGGGUGGUGUCCCUGCUGAAGGAGACCCUGCCAGGUGACCUUCCAAACCGCGAUUCCCUGAUCACACGGCACAUCCAAGCCUUGACAGAUUUGCACGCCACCUUCCUUCGGAGGAAUUACGAGCGGAUUUUAGAUGUCCGAGGAGUAUCCGGGAUCAAAUUACAUAUUAUGAAGCAGUUACAAACCAUCAAACAAAUGCAGUGGAAAGGAGUUUUGCUGUGGCAGCUCUCUAUGUACCAGCUACGCUUUUCCCUGAGAAAGAAGAUUCGCCAGAUUCUGGAAGAAUUUGCUGAUCUUGGUAACAAUUCUGAAGAAAAAUCAGUGAUAGAAGGACCUAUUCUGGAUUGCUGGACAUGUCUGCGUAUCACCACACAGUGUUUUGAUGGAGAAGUCUGUGGAGUGGAAGACAAACAUCUGGCAGAAUACAAUGAAAUCGUUCUUUAUGUGUUCCUUGUUUGCGAGUCAGUGAUAACCACUUCAAUCAUACUUGUGUACAUGGUGUGUUUCAAGUACAGGAAGCGCAUGCUGCUAAAAUCUUUGGGCUAUUAA